GGCUCCGGCGGUGUGAAGCGAAGCGGACGCAGCCUGUUGUUGCGCACUUACGCCGGGGGCUCAAGGGCUGCUGGCCCCUUCAGGAGCCCUGAUUUGCUGACCCUGCCGCCGCCGUCAUGGGGAAGUCGUUCGCCAACUUCAUGUGCAAAAAGGAUUUCCAUCCCGCCUCCAAAUCCAAUAUCAAAAAGGUAUGGAUGGCAGAGCAGAAAAUAUCUUAUGACAAGAAGAAACAAGAAGAAUUAAUGCAGCAAUACCUUAAGGAGCAGGAAUGUUAUGAUAACAGAUUACUUAUGGGUGAUGAACGUGUAAAGAAUGGUCUAAAUUUUAUGUAUGAAGCCCCACCUGGAGCAAAGAAAGAGAACAAAGAGCAAGAGGGAGAAACCGAGUACAAAUUUGAAUGGCAGAAAGUAGCUCCACGUGAGAAAUAUGCCAAGGAUGACAUGAACAUUAGAGAUCAGCCAUUUGGAAUCCAGGUGCGGAAUGUGAGAUGCAUUAAAUGUCACAAGUGGGGCCAUGUAAACACAGACCGAGAAUGUCCUCUGUUUGGGCUUUCUGGAAUUAAUGCAAGCUCAGUUUCCAAUGAUGGAUCAGGGCCAUCAAUGCACCCCUCGGAGCUAAUAGCGGAGAUGAGAAACAGUGGGUUUGCACUGAAACAAAAUGUACUGGGGAGAAACUUGACCGCAAAUGAUCCAUCACAGGAGUUUGUGGCAAGUGAAGGCGAAGAUGAUCCAGAGGUAGAAUUUCUGAAAUCCUUGACAACGAAGCAAAAACAAAAACUUCUGAGGAAAUUGGAUCGCCUGGAGAAGAAGAAGAAGAAAGAUAGAAAGAAGAAAAAGCACCAAAAGAGAAAAAGCAAAAGUAAACACAGGAAACAUAAGAGCAGAUCUUCUUCCACGUCCUUCAGUGAGUCUUCAGUAAGCAGCCGUGAUAGUGAGACUGACAGCCAAGAUAAAGCAGCACAAAAGAAGCGGGAUUCUAAGGAAAGAAGAAAAGCGAAGUUUUCAGAGACUAGCAGCAGUGAUUCUGAAGGGAAGGCGAAGACUAAGGGAAAACUUUAUGAAGAUCCCUCCAGCAGUCAUGGUAACAAGGACAAAGAUAGCGAGAAGUAUAGACUUUUAAAGCAAGAUAGUUCUGGGGAGAACAACAAAUGGAGCUCCUGUGCCAGCAAAAGAAAGCACACAAGCAGAAAUGAUAACACAGACAAGAGGGGAGAAUUGGAAAGAUAUGGGAGCAGAAGCCACAGCAAGGAGAGGCGCGAGAGAGGCUCUAACACAAGGCACAGGACUUAUAGCCCGAGUGAGGAGCAGCGUAGGAAAAACGAAACUACAAGUCGUAGCUCAGAUGUUUGCAGAGAGCAACAGAAACAUCGGGAGAGCUACAAUGACAAAUACAGGAGAAUGGAGGGCAGAGAUAGAAGCAGAAGCAGAGACAGGAAAAAAUAGAUAAUGUGGGUGGGAGAUGCAAUUUUGUGGGUCUUUUAUACAUUCCUUUAGUAAGGGCUCUUGACUUCUCCCUCUUCUCCAUCAGCUGGCCAUUCGCAUUGAAAUGUCAGCUUCUUACUUUAAAGACUCCUGUAAACAUUUUUAUGUACAUAGCAAACAAAUACAACCUUUUAAACACGAGCAACAAAUUAUCUUCUUGCUAAAUGUGUCUUCUGUUUGAGUAACCAGUCACAUGGGAGCUUUAUUUGAUAAAUCAAGUUUUCAUUUAUUUUAGACUUCAAUGUACAAAAAAAAUUGCCUUGUUUCUGUAAAAUUGAAGCUUAACCAGUCCAAUUUAUUUCUCAUUACUUAUGUUUAUUUAAUAAACAUAAAAUAAUAGGUGAGGAGCAGAUGAGUCUUCUAAGGCAUGUUACAUUAUGCCAAUAAUACUUAACAUGUGUGUGUUAAAAUCCACAAAUGCUAGGUUAUUUUUGACUGAGGCAUGUUCACCAAAAUCGACCUAAGAGGAAAAUUUCACAAGUUCAAACAACAACAUAGUUCCACACAAGUGUGUAGCCAACAUUUUUCACCACCUGCGGAGUAUAACUUGGUCAAGGCUAUCUAAGCAUCUUGAACCCCUGUUGGUAUAUGUCACCACAGUGUCAAGUUAUUGUUCAAUAGUUUCUCAAGACAUGGGAAGAAUAUUUACUGUCUUAACAGUUUCUGUGUGCAGUAGGAAUCUAAUGUGAGCUCCACUCUCAGCUUACAAGAAGCAGCUUAUUUCUCUUAGGAUUGGGGGAUUUUUUUUAAACUAGAUGUUAUUAUGAUAUGAAGUACAUUAAAUAAAUGUCAGUUUCAAGAAAUGGAUCUCCCUAUUUUCUAGGAUUUUUCUGCUAUUUCAAAGGCACAGGUAGAAACUGCUGCUUUUCCUUUUUAGUUCUCAAAGAGAAGGAAAACUCAUUCAUUAGAGGAACCAAGUAGUGCGAUUUAAGUCAAGGUGCAAGCAGGCAACUUCUUUCUGCCUCUGCUACAAUUUGUUCUGAUUGGUUAUGUUUUUGAUUACUUUGUACCACUGUGCAGGAGCUUGUAUAUAAUACAGAAAUUAGUUUUCAUAGGAAGUGGCUUAAUUGCAUUACAAAACUCAGUCUUUGCACAUUAUAUGCAUAUUACCAUGAGAAAGUAAAAAUAGCAGGACUGGAUGCUAGAGAUAAGCAGGACUGCAAACUACAUUAACUUGUUGAUGCUUUCAUUAAAAGAAGCUAAAUGGCACAAUGUUUGCAUUGCUGGGUGUACUUACUUAGAAGAAAAAUCUAUUAAACAUACUCGCUAGUAAAUAUGCAUAGGUUUGGGCAACAAGAAAACAGAUGGUUAUAAACAGACUGAAAAGCUAACACAUUUAAUGUUCACAUUAUUAAAUUGUAUAUACAUUUCUAGCUUGGGCUAGUUCAAAAGGUUGGGAUGGAAAAAUAAAAAAUUAUGUACCUAAA